AUAAAAUCACGGUACUAGUUUUUAGCCUAGGAAGUAAAAUUGCAGCCAGGCGAUUUUAAAAGUCAGUUAUAUUACGUUUAUGUAUAAAAACAAGUUUCUUUCAAAAAAUGUCUAUGUUGGAAAUGAAUUUGAAUACUGGAUCCUUUUGGAUUGCUCUCUAUCUUUUAACCAAUGUCGGUUUGUCUGUUUAUAGCAAAGUUGUACUAACCUCUUUCAAAUUCCCUUGGACGCUUUCAGCUGUGCAUGUCUUAAUAUCUGGCUUGGGGGCUGCUAUAAGCAUUUAUAUAUUUAAUUCCUGUCAGCUUAACACUUUAAGGAAGGAACAGGUGCCCAUUUGGCUGGGCUUUUCUUUUUUGUAUACUAUGAAUAUAGCAGUAAGCAAUGUCGCCCUUGAGAGAGUUUCCCUUCCAUUUCAUCAAAUUAUUAGAAGCACAAAUCCAGUGGUUACAAGUAUUUUAGAAUACUUUAUUUUCAGACGACUGUACUCAGAGAAAACUUACUUAAGCCUCAUACCUGUAGUGCUGGGCGUGGGCAUAGCUUCUCGAGGCGAGCUCAGAUUUAACAUUUCAGGUCUGCUUUUUACCUUGCUUAGCGUUCUUUUGGCUUCUUUAAAAGGAAUAAUUUCGAAUAUGUUAAUGGUGGGGGACACAAAUGUUCACCCCAUAGAACUCGUUUAUCGAAUGUCCAUUCCGGCAGGCAUCCAGUGCGUUAUUUUCUGUGCGCUAACCGGAGAAGCCAGUGGUGUAUUAAAAUAUAUACGCCUGCAAGUCUUGUCGAAUUACGACCACCUCGAACUCAACAUGUUAUGGAUUCUUCUCUUUAACGGGCUCCUUGCUUUUGUCCUGAAUGUGGUCAGCUUCACUGCUAACAAGAAAACGGGAGCGCUUUCUAUGACUGUUGCUGGAAACAGCACGCAGGUUUUGUGCAUUAUCGCUUCAGUUUUAUUUUUGAAAUAUGUUUUAACAAUGUGGAGUUUAGCAGGUGUUACUCUGACUAUAGCAGGAAGCCUUACCUACAGUAUUAUCAAAUAUAAAGAGAACAAGUCCAACGACUUCAAUCUUGAUAGUGGCGAAGAAUACGAAGAAAAGGGAUUGAAUAAUGAAACGGAGAAAGAAGGCCUUGAAGAAAUUUUUGUUGCUCGAUGACAAAAGCUCUGGAGUAAAGAAUUCUAGAUAGCGUCUCUGUCCUUGUUAACACGGUCAAUCCUUAAAAAAAUGCUUUAAAUUUCAAAUAUAAUAAAUUUUA